AUGAGUAACUCUACAGUAAACUUCACCACACCUGAAGCAUCUACAAACUCCACAACUCAUUCCUUUGAAGCAAUAAACAGUUUGGAAAUGUUUGCCUUCGGCAUCAAUGUCCUGCUUGGACUUCCCAUACACUCCUAUAUUACAUGGCUCAUCAUUACAGGAACUGGAAAUGGAGUUGCAUCAGAGUUCUUAAACCUAAAUCUGUCAGUUUGCGAGAUUGGUAACAGCCUCAAUACGGUGUUUGGCAUACUGACAUAUUUCUUUCCAAGUUGCACAAUAGUAACAUAUGUUUUACAAGGACUAGCGACCACCGGUCGUCCUCUGUUUCAGUGUCUGAUCUGUGUUGAGCGUUACCUGGCAGUGGUUUAUCCCGUAACCUUUCUGAAGUACAAACCUCUCAGGUAUAGGGUGAUCUGCUGCUCUGUGGUCUGGAUAAUCACUCUUGGAUCAUGCUUAUUCUGUUCAGUCUGUAUUUUAAUCCCACUCAGCUUGUUGGCAUAUGUAUGGUUUAUCUCAGUACAGUUUCUUCUCUUCCUCUUCACCCAGUUGUUUUGUCUUGUAGCUGUUCUCAGAGCUCUGAAACAAUCAGGACCGGGAGAGAGAAAAAGAGAGGAGGAAAAUCACAUGAAGAGAAGAGCAUUUUAUCUUAUUCUGAUAACAACAGUGACGAUGAUUAUCCAAUAUGCCCCAUUUACUAUCACAGGAUUCUUUGCCAUUCUAACUCAGCAGAGUUUUCUUGACUUUUGGUGUCCUGCUUUUCUUUGUUAUGUACUGGCUGGUUUUGUGCAACCCGUUCUUUAUUUACAACGGGCACGAAAACUCUCUUGCCUCAGCUCAUCAUAA